UCUGGUCUUACAGAUUGGCUGACAUUUUUCUAAACAAUGGCGCUCUAAACUACAAUAUUCACUUCUCUACUCCUAUCUCGCUCUCUCUCACUAUUCCCUAUAUAUCGACCACGUGCUUAUUGCCCCAUCAGCUGACAAACGUAAACAAACAUGGCGCCCAAACACUGACCUCCAGCCACCACGUGCUUAUUGCCCCAUCAGCUGACAAACGUAAACAAACACUAACCUCCAGCCACCACGUGCUUAUUGCCCCAUCAGCUGACAAACGUAAACAAACACUAACCUCCAGCCACCACGUGCUUAUUGCCCCAUCAGCUGACAAACGUAAACAAACACUAACCUCCAGCCACCACGUGCUUAUUGCCCCAUCAGCUGACAAACGUAAACAAACAUGGCGCCCAAGAAAAAGGGUAAGAAAAAAGGCGGGAAAAAGAAGGACAAGAAGGAGGAGGACGAUGCUGGCAAGCCCAAGGAGGCGAUAUCGGAGCUGGACAAGCACUACUACCUCAACCAGAUCCAGGCGCUUGAGGUCAAACUAAAGAGGUCUACGACGCGAGGUGACCAACUGGACGACGCGGAGAAGCACGCGCGCGCGCAGUACGACAAGUUGCACUCCGACAAGACCGACAUCAUCGCCUUCCUCAAGGACAGACUGUCCUCCAAAAGUGACGAGGUUGAAGAGCUGCGGAACCGACUAUCCGGGCUAGUGAAGUCCAAACUAGCCGAGCAACAGGAGUACGAGGCGCGCCUCUCCAGGCUGGGGAAGGAGGCGGAGAACACCCGCCUCGACCUCAACGACAAGAUCAUCGCCCUCACCAGGAAGCUGGAGAGUCUGGAAGAGUUCCGCCAGCACAAGGAGGAGCUCGAGGCCAAGCUGCUUGCCCUCGAGCACCAGCUGGAGGACUGCAAGGAGAAGCACCAGGAGAAGGUCAGCUUCCUGGAGAAGGCGGCCUUGGUGGAGGCCGCAGCCCUCAGGGCCGAACUGGAGGCCAGGGUGUCUAGAAUUACUGAGGACCUGCGCAGGGCUGCGCAGACGGAGGUCCAUUCCACCACCCGACGCGCACUCCACGAGAACGAGGCCCUGACCAAGCAACUGGAGGUCUUCAGGGAGAAGCUCGGGGCCCUCAGGUCCGAGAACCAGGACCUGAGGGAGGCCCUGUCUGACUCACAGGUGCGGGAGGGUCUGCUGCAGGACACGGUGUCCCGGGUGACCGCCAGGGGGGAGAGGAGAGCCCGUCUGCUGGAGGCGCUGACGGAACGAGCAGAGAACCACACCCAUGUAUGGAAGGACUACGACCGCCUGGCCAGGGAGAACCAGAGUCUGCGGCGGGACUUGCAGGUGAUGCAGGGGCAGGUGGACGCCAUGACCCAGGCCACCUGUGACCUGAGGGAGAAGGCGGCGGAGAAAGACACGGCCCUGGAGCUGACGACGACACACCUGCACCAGGAGGACGGUGUGAGGAGGGCCCUCCAGGAGGCCCUGUCUGGGGCGCUCUCUCUCCUGCACCGUGCUGCCUUCAUGGAGGGCGGCGAGACGGGAGAGGACAACAUGGCGGGCAUACUCCAGCAGCUGGUCAGCCUACUGUCAUCAGCUGAGGCCGCCCACCAUGGGCGUGGGGUGGUCGGUGAGGCCCCUGCUGGGGAGGGGGCGGCACCCGUGGGGGCGGCGGCACCACCCGUGGGCGUGGGGGCGGCACCCGUGGGCGGUCCUCGUCAGGUCAAGUACCGGGCGGGUGACUUGGGGCUUCUCCCACGCCCACACCGCAAGCACAAGCCCACACCUGACACCUGA